AUGGCUGCAUUUUGGCAAAUUGCAAAUGCAAAUUCUGGAACAUUCUGGAACAAUCCAGAUUUUAGAAUCAUGAAACAUUACGGUUAUAUGUUAAAGGAACCGAAUAGUUCCGACAAAGGAUACCAGCAAUUUUUCACAAAAUAUAAAACAAUAUGUCAUCCAGUGCGUGACCUUCUCACGUGGACCAACUUGAUACCGGUUGAACAAUUAAAAGGAAAAAAAAUCAAUGAACCGGAAUACGUAUUAGAAGUAACAUUAAUGGCAGUUUUAUUUUACAAAACAAAUAGAACAAAGUAUUAUCAAUCAAGCAUUUUCUUCAAUCAUAUAAUUAUGCCAAUUAGCUCACCGGAUCCGCUGUUUUCAAAAAUUAUUGUGCCGUAA